AUGCGGUGCGCGAGCAAGGCCGCUGAGAGCGCUUCUGCACGUCUCUGUGCGGACGCCGAAGCAGAAACCACAGCAACUGAUGUCUCAUCGGUUGCUGAAGCGACUCAGCCUGUGUCACUUGGUGAUGCAGGCGCUGGUCAUGAAGACACUCGUGUCUUCACAGAGUACAAGCUCGGUGUCUCGUACUCUCCUGAUACGGAUGACGGAUCCCCUUUAGGUGCUUCAAUAACUGUAUAA